GCAGUCACUGUCUCUCAUGUCUCACCAACAUACUCCCCCCCCGGUAAGUCUACAGCAAUGGGUAGAGGUAUCCGACAUGCUUCGUAUCAUGGCCAUAGUAUUUUAAGCCCAUCCGUCCUUCGCCCUCUUCACUCUCCACUGAAACACCAUCCAACAAGAUAUCGAACCUAACCAGAGCAUCGAGACACUACCAUUCUCGAAUAACCAAUCACAGUCUCCCAGACUAGCAAUCACUACCCACAUCAACAUAACCCCCCAACCACAUGAUGGCAUCCAGUGAAUGCAAGAAUUUCCAUCAAUCAAGACGGCCCAGCUACGACCGCACCUUGCGCGCACGAGAGCAGCUUCUGUUCGGCAACGCCAAAGCAACAGGACCCGCGGCACAAUUACAUCUACAACGAUCGAUGGCCGCUGACGACGAAUGGAGACGAAGUACCAUCGGUAGCUCCACCUCAAGCCCAUCGGGUCCUUCAACGCCUGAACAAUCUCCAACUCUUAUGCAUAACUAUGGCGAUAGUUGGUUUGAGAACCUAAAUACAUUGGCCAACGAAUAUCAUCGCCAAAAAUCUGAACAGCCUCAAUCUCACAGCUACGGCGACGACUGGUUUGAGAACCUCAAUCAUCAACGAGAAGAACUCGAACAAAAAAAGGCCGACGAGUCGCAGCGUCAAGCAGAACAGUCCCAUUUCUACGGACAGAGCUGGUUUAAGAAUUACGAGCAGCAGUGGACCGAGUGGAACCAACUACGCACGGACCCCUCAACUCUGCGACAGAUGGAUAUGGCUGCGGAUAGCGAUGACGAAAGUUGCGAACUGGGCUUCUAAUGCAUCGGAUGGGCUUCCCUAGUCAUGUUUUCAAUAUGGGUAUUCGGCGUUUGGGGGCGCGGCAUAGCGUGGCAUAGCGUGGGUCAGCCUCAGGGCAUCACAUGGCACGGUGAGUGCGAGGUCUUAUUGGACCUCGUUCUAGCCUUUUGCCUUUUUCCUCUACCAGACCAUGAUGCUUGUCGUGGUAUUUGGUAUAAUGAGACCAUGAGAUAUAUAUAUAUAUACUACUACCAAUGAUAAUACCACCACAACCCAAGCAACAAACUAGAUGACACAUUACGCUUUGUUGAGUCCAAAUCCACACAAUAGAUAAAACUAUCAAAAGAAGAUCAUAUCAAUUAAUCAAAUGCAUUCAUGCUCAUUGUUAC